AUGCUGAGGCAUGAAAAUCGAACAAAAGUUUAUCGUACACUUGCAUUGUUGUGUGAGUCCGAGUCUUUGUCCGAUGCUCAAUUGAAAGCAUAUCAGACUCGUUUGCAGGAGUACCGAACUUAUUUAGAGGCUGUUAGCCGGCUAGCCAAUUGCGGAAAUGUUUGCAUUACGGAAGAGGCCGUUAUGAUUGGUGACAACGGUCUACUUACUGGAGAGUCCUUAAACGCUCUACAACAUGCUGGAGCUAUAUCAGUUUAUAAUACUUUGCAGCAGAAUAACUGGGAAUAUCCUGUUCCAGAAGAGGGUGAGGUUGCAGUAUUGAAAACGCACACAACCGUCCCCGAUGAUUUUUUGGAUUCUGAAAAGCCAAUUCGAUCCGAUUGGCCUUCGGUCUUUGUUUCUGAGUGUUUCGUAGAGGGUGAAAAGGCUAAACUUCAUGGUUCCGCUCGUCCACUUCGCACCUUCCUACCACCAAGCAUUGUUUUCAGAAGUGCAGCUGACAUGGACGAUGAUUUACCAGAACCUGAAUUACCGCCUUCAAGUGCUCUUGGUCCAGAAACUGGUCUUGAAAUCGUCUCAAUGAAUGACAGUCUCGCCAUUAGAAAGACCAGGGAAAGCGAUGGAUCUGUUGAAUGCAUUCCAAUUGAUGAGUACUACUACGGUCGUCAGGAUGGCAGCAAAGAUUACGCCGAGGACAAGGCUGAAUUUCGCUUCAAAUGUGCUGUUUGUCAACUCAUGUUUUACAAUAAUAUCAAACUCAUGCAUCACAUCAUGGGUCAUGUUGAUGAAGGCAUUCAAGCUCUAAUUGGGUUUACUUUGAACCAAUGUCGAAUUUGUAAUCAAUCCUUCGCUAAUGCCUUUAUUCUUCGUGCACAUAUGGAAAAGGACCAUGGUGGUGCGACAAUUUUCGAAACUAACAAGACUGAUGGAGGUGAAGGAACUCAGCUCUCGGCAUCUGGUUUCUCCUGUCGAAUCUGUGGUAAGGAGGCAGCUAGUGAUCUUGCGCUUGCACAUCAUCUACAGUCCACACAUCGCCAACGUGAAAUGCCAUAUGUGUGUCGCAUCUGCCUUUUCCGCUCCUCUCUCUAUGAGGACGCUUUAGAGCACUUUAAAAAAGUACACAAUGGUUCAAAUCACCUACUCUGCUUCUAUUGCCUCAGAUAUUUCACCCCUACUGAUGCCCGAGUUCCUGGUAUUCCUCUAACCUCUCCUGCUGGCACGUCUGGAGGUGCUGUUAGCACCGCAGGUUUAGGAGCUGGUGUUGGACAGACGCAGGUGUAUCUGCAGCACUUGCGAAUGCAUCAGGUUCAGCAUCAACUCCGACGCUGUCCAUCAUGUCGCCUCAACUUCACAAACAAGUCGGACUACCAGGUGCACCGGCGACUGGACCAUAAAGCGGGUAGCAGCUGUAGUGCAGCGGCUGCGGAACAACACUUGAAGGAACUUCAACAGCAGCAGGUUGAUGAGCAGUCUCAGAUGCAUGUACAAGGAGAGGAGCAGGAACAAAUUGUCGAUCAUGUUGAACAUGCCGAUGAACAGCAACAUAACGUUGAGGAAUACAUUACGACAGCUGAGUCUAUAAAGAGACACCAACAAGAACGCCAAGCUGCUCUACAAGCGGCUAAAAGAGCAGCUCAAACUCAUGCAGCUGAGCAGCAAAAGAAAAAGGCCGCUGCCGCGGCGGCGGCGGCGGAGGCAGCAGCGGCUGCUGAAGCAGAAGAGAAUCGUGUAAUUCUUCUUAAUGUUCCCGAAGCGAGUCGCACUAUGGAUCUCUCCUCUGUGCAGAUUCCGCCUGAAGCCACCAAGCUCACUUGUCUGGAAUGUGGGGAACUUCUUACUUCAGACAAUCACAAACAAUACCUCCCCUGCUCUGCAUGUGUCUUCGCAACGUGCUGCGCUGCCGGUUUUACUCGACAUGUGCAUCGUGCCCACGUCUACGCUCAAGGCACUGAUAAGAGCGUUGCCUCACACACAGGCGCUCCUAUGGUUCGUCCGAUUGCAUCAUUCGAUUGGAUUUCUCCAACUACCGAACAACCCAUGGAUAUAAGCCAAUUGCCACAGACCAAUCCCGUUGAUAUCAGCUUCGCAUGUCCUAAGUGUGCGCUCUCUGGUGUAGACGGAAAUACUCUAGCCAGACAUCUUGUUGAAGAGUGCAGCAUUGAAGGUGCUACACUCCAGCCUGAUCCUUCUAUCGUCGCAGCCAGAAGGCAAGCUGAAGAAAAUGCUCGUUUACAACAAGAGCAACAACAAGAACAGAUGUCUUACGAGACAAGUGAACAAGUGACUAUGUUUGCUGAAGGCCAAGCCGUAUCCGAAUCUGCACAAGCCGAUACAACAGCAGCUCCUGGAGCGCCUUCUUUGACCCAUGAGCAAACAGUGGUCACAUUGGGAACCGCUGGAAAUCUUCCAUCCACUAUUGAUAUCACUGAUACUUCGGGUGAAGUAGUUCAACGUCUAAUGAUUCCUGAAGAUCUACAGUUGGAGCCCGGACAAACUCUUGUUCUCAUUCAAGGCGAAGACGGUAUUCCACAAUUGGCAGUUAUCAACCAAGCCGAAUGGGACGCGACAAAUCAACAGCAAGCUCAAGCUGAGGACGACGCUUCUAACCUCCUGCUUUACGGAAAUGCUGAAGGCGAUAUCGCGGAGGAGAAGGAGAAUCAAAUAUAA